AAAGCGGCGGUAAAGUGAAGCGGCAAGUGAAUCAUAGUUUUUUUGUUUACGUUUUCCCCAGGCAAUUAAAACACAUUCCAAGCAUUUUUGUCCACCACCGAUCGCAGGUGGAUGCCCAGCGCGUGUGUAAUUUCCCCGCCGUCAGUUUUUCACACCUCGAACUAAAAUUCAAGGGCGUCCGUGCGAUUACCGGGUCCCGAUUUGGUGUGCGUGUCGGUAAAAGGUAGCACAAGUAGCGAAUUUAUAGAGAGUGUCUGUCCAUCGGCCUUCUCGGGGCAUCGAGAAUGGUGUGUCCGUGCCAAGAAAUAUGCCCUUGAGAACGGCCAAAAGUCGAGUGGUUUGAAGUGCUGACUAUCAUCAACGAGUCCCGGUGAACAAAGCCGAUCAGCACUGCUAUGGACACUCCGGCAGUUUCGCUGUUCAACGAUGUCGGAAGCAUCCACCUGAACCGGACAGACCACGAUCAACAGCGAGCCGAAGAGGAAGAAGACCUGCUGGAUCAGCAGCGACGCAAGGACGAACUUGCUAAAGAGCUGGUUGGCGCGUUCGAUGAUCUGCACUGUGAUGAUAACGAUACGCUUAAUUCGCUUAACUAUCGUUCGAAUUACUCCGAUGGGCCAGAUGACGACGACGACGAUGCCGACGAUGGACGUAGCAGUGAACGACCGCCGGCACCACCCAUGCCAUCGCUGCCAAGCCCGAAAAGGACGAUCCAACCGGGUGAAGAUCUUUCGGGUAACGUUAGAGAAUUGCGUUUGCUGCUCGAGUCGAAAUCCCGCGAGCUGGAGCAUGUCGCGAGGGAAAUGUAUGAAAAGAAACACGUGCACGAGCAGGAAGUCAACGCGCUGAAGAAGAAACUAGCUCUUGAGGAGGCGGCGAAAGAUCGCGCCAUCAUGACCCGCGAUCAAACAAAAGAACUCCUUGUCCAGAGCAAAACAAAGAUAUCGGAAUUGGAGGACACGAACGAGAAGCUGCGUGGUAAGGUAAGCGCCCUAGAAGAUCGCAACGUGGCCCUGGUAUCGGAGCUGGAGCAAAAAACGAUGAUGCUGCAGGACAGCCUGACCCGAUAUCGGAUAUUGGAGCAGAGCACUACGCAAAAAGCCGACCGACACACGGAUGCAUUGUUAAAGCAGACGGAAGAACGACACAAUGCAAAGAUCGAAAUGAUGCAACAGCAGAUAAACAAUUUUAAGAGCGCGCUGGAUGAACGGCAGCAAGAAUUCCGCCGGCUGGAGGCUCGCUACGGGGAGUUACAGAAAUCGCGUGAAGCACUGCUGAUCGAAAAGUCGGAGACCGUGCAGCAGUUACAGGAUCAGCUGGAGGACUCUCAGCGCCAGUGUAACAACCUGCUGUCCAAAACCAAAUACCAGGGUGACUUCGAGCAGGAACGGUUGCGUCUGCGCAGCCGCAUCAAUGCACUCGAGCAGGAACACUCAGGAAUGCGGCAAACGAUCAACGAUCUCACGAACCGAUUAGAGAAAACGAACAACGAGCUGGACCUGAUGGACAGUCUAGUACACGGGCCGCACAAGGGCGUGGAUCAUGGUGAUACGUCGAUGGGCCAAAAACCGCAGCCGACCGAUGCGGAUGCAACGGGUUAUACCUUUGCGCAUCGUAACCUUAUCGGAAGUACACCGAACAACGCUCGUAGCGGCGUAAGCGAUGGAGACAAUCGGGUAGUACGGCUUAAGAACGAACUGCUCGUUUGUAUGACGGGCCAGAAGGAAAAGCGGGAAACCAUACGUAAGCUCGAGGAAGAGCUGCACGCGAAGAACCGAGAGCUGGAGCAGCUAAAAAAAGACGAAAGUCAGGCACUUGUUCAGAUGAACCAGUACAAGGAGGAAGCGUUCCGGUUGGCGUCAAAGUGUAAAAUACUCGAGCAGGAAAUGGAAAAAAUGUCUCCCGGGGCGUCAUCGCCCGGUGAUCGGUCGCGAUCCACCGUCAGUGAUGGAAGGCGGUUGAGUAUCGAUCUGCGCCAGGAGGCGCUUGAGGAUAAGAUCUUUAACCUGCAGCAAACAAAACUACAGGCGGACGAACGGAUCGAACAGCUGGAGCGUGAAACCGAGCAGCUUACCGAGAAGUGUCGAACGCUGACCAACGAAGCGAACUCCUGUGCGACUCUCAAGCUCGAAGUGGAGAAGCAAAAGUUUCUCCUCAAAGACGCGCAAAGCGAAUGCGAUCGCCUUAAGCGGUUAUACAUUGAGAUAAGCGGGGUAAAGGACGAGCUCAGUCGCGAGCUGGCUACCCUUAAGGCGCAGGAUAGUGUGAAGCAAAUAGCUGCCUUACAGGAGCAGGUCGUAUCGCUGGAGCGAGCACUACAGCUGGCCGAGCUGAAAUCGAAUGAGCUUGCGAAGAUGUUGGAUAAGGAAAAAACAAGCCAUGAAGAGCUUCUGAAACAGCUUCAGUCGGCAGAUAAGGGUGCUGGAGAUGGUCCGCGGCAGAAUCACACACCGGACAGGGUGGGCAAGAAUAUAGCCAACACCUGCACCAAGUGCAUUGAUGGUUUGGCACAAAUCUCAAAGUUGGAAAUUGAAAAUCUCAAAAUGCAGUCCACCUGCACCUCACAGUUGCGCGAAAUCAACGAGCUGAAGAUGCAACUGAACGAUCAUCAGGCGACAAUCGGAGAGCUACACAACCGACUCGAUCUGAAGGCCGAACGAGACCACCUGAUCGACGAGCUGAAAGAAAAAGCGGCCCAGUUCGAGCAGAUCAUCCGCAGCCAGAUCUCGACCAACUCGUCCAGCAGCGCAACGUGCGACAGUGCCACCUCGCCGCAUCGGAAGGUGUCUUCGCGCGAUCAGAGUGUCGGUACGUCCGACGACGAUGAGGACCACCGGAUGGAAAGGCGCCGAGCCUCGUCAGUCGAUGGUGAUGCCGAAACGCGGCGCUUAGCCCGCGAGCAGGAGCAAAAAGUGCGCGAAGAGAUGGCCCGUGCGUUCGCCGGACAAAUCAAGCAGAUCGAGGAGCGCUUUCGGACGCAAUUUGUACGCUUCGAGGAGAACAUCGAUACGCUUAAGCACGAACAGUACGAGCGGAUGGCCGAGCUGAAGGUACGCACCCAGGAGGUGGAGGUGCUGAAGUGUGCCAUCGUAACCGAGCGGGAGAAGUUGGGCGAACUGUUAGCGCAGAAGGACGCAGACGCCCGCGCCUUGUUCGACAAGCAGUCGGAGCUGAUGGGCAAGUAUAAGGCAGAGGUAGCCAACGGACAGAAGAAGGUGCAGUUCCUGGAGCGUGAGCUGCAGGAGAAGCGCGAACUGGUGGCCAACGAACGUCAGUCGAUGGAGAAACUGAUCGCACAGAUUACCGCCGAGCGAGCGAUGUACCGCGAGCGGGAGCAAGAGAUGACGGAAAAGUUUCGCGAAAUCGAAACGGAGUACCAGAAGAGUUUGGAUCUGGUCACGGAAAAGUAUCAGUCCGCCAAGAAGACCGCGCUUAACUACAAGAAAUACGCUGAAGAUAAGGAACAGCACAUGCUGAAGGAAUAUGAUCGUAUCAAGGAAGGAUACAAUGCCGCCCUGGUGAAGGUACAAAACCGAAUGAAGGAAGCACUGGAGAGCAAGGAACGAAAUUUGCGUGAACAGCUGGCCAAGCUGGAGGCGGACUAUGAAACCAAGCUGCAGCUGGUCAAGCAGCAAAGCAGUUAGAAAAUUGUAUUUUCAUCGUUUUACGUGAUUGAAGUAGUACAUGGUAUGUAGAAUAGUAAUAUAUAUACACGCAUACACAAGAAACUGCCUUAGCAAAUGGACAUAACAAACUGCCAUAUCGACCAUCGCCUACUAGUGACAAUAUUUAUACGUUCGCUCGAUGCACCGAAGCUCUCUCUGCCAGUAGAAAGAUUAACCUUUUUUAUACUCGUACCAUCGUAUGUAGAAACUAGCAAUAUUGUGUAGUGAUAGAAUUCUAAAAACAGCUCACCGUCCGCCCGGUCGGUUCUUUGAUUACAUUUUGUGUUUGUAAUUCGAAAGUAUUGUACAACCGCUCUUGCAAUUUUAACCACCACCUUUAGCGUUGAUGGCAUGAAUGGUAAUUCUUAUAAAAUAUGUUAA